AUGUCGGGCUUUUAUCCUCAGCGACAACGUAUUACAGAAAAUGAAAUGGACGAGGAGAUGGCGCGUCAAUACUAUCAGAACAUGGGAUAUCAAGUGGUAUCUCCCAAUACGAUGCCUCAGCUAUCAACAAUGAUGCCGGGCCCAACAGGCUUUUUACCGACUGAGUCUAGCUAUCAGGCACCAUCGCCAGAGAGAUACUAUCAGAAUCCCUUUGGUCAAAUGCUAUCUCCUCCUUCAGCAGUUGCAAUACCGGGAUACCACCCUUCAUCAUACAAUGGAUACAUGUCCCAAAAUAUAACUCAAGGCGACAAUCCUCUCCCUCUUCAAAUAGGGGGUGUAGCCGGCAUGGAGAUGCAUCCUCAACCUCAGGGCUAUCAUCAUCCCUACCCCAGAAAUACAACAGUACAACGCCCUGCGUCUCCGUCUGACACUGGAGAUCUUGAAGAAUACGGCAUCCAAGAGCCAGAUGGCACAUGGCGUUGCAGAUACCCUAGCUGCUCAUCCAAGUCCGUCUUUACGCGAGCCUGCGACUUGCGAAAACACUUUAAUCGACAUAAUAAGUACCUCUUUUGCCGAUACGAUGGUUGUCCUCAAGCUACAGAGGGUGGAUUUUCGAGCAAAAAGGAUCGUGCUAGGCAUGAGGCAAAGCAUAACCCGCAAAUUCCCUGUGAAUGGGAAGGUUGCGAUCGAGUUUUCAGUCGCAUGGACAACAUGAAAGACCAUGUAUUCUUUCCAUACACACCCUUUGCUCAUGUGUUGUUCUUCUCUUGA